AUGCGGCGGGGGCGGGGGCGGGGGCAGGAGCAAGGGCGGUCGCGGGGGUGGGGGCCCGGGCUGGCGCUGUCGGCGGCGGACCGGGCGGCGGACCGGGGGGGGGACGCUGGGGUGAACCUGUACGUGGUUGAGGGUGCAGAGCGGGCGGGUACACUUUUGCCCUUUACAGUGGGAGUGAAACGCGCGGUGGGGGGUUCCCCACGUGAGGAGGUCCUGCUGGAACGAGGACAGUGUCGCCACCGCGUGUUGGUUGGCGACGGGUGCGGCGGUUCUCCGCGGCCGGGAUGCUAUAUGUCCGCUCGUGGCGCUGCUCGCUGACGCUUUCCUCUUCUGUGGUUGCGGGAGCCCGGCCAGGCCGUUGUUGAGCUUUCUGACGAUGGCGUUGGCGCUGCCUUCCGCGGUGAGACCACGCAGCCGCGAAAACGCGCGGGGGGGGACGGGUUGCACGUCGUCCUCUGCCGGCGGGGAGAUGUCGUGGUCGGCGCGGGUCGCGACGCCAAAGUCCGAGACGUUCCCGAGAUACUCGUUGAUGUCGGUGUUGGUGUCGGUGAUCAGGCGCGUCUUCACCGCUGCUUCUUGACCCGUGAUCUCCGCUGAAUGAAGGCUGAGGUAGUCCCGGGCGUCGGACACAACGCGGCUGACUUCGGCUUUCAACUGUUGCCUGCAACCGGUCGAUGGUUCGCCUGCGGCGUAUGUGCCAUGGUCCAACACGGCGAAGAAUGCUUUCACGAACGUCUCGAGGUGAACGAUGAAGUCGCGUGGCUGCGGGGUCCACCCCGUAGGGAGGGCGAAUCGAUCAUUUCGGCGUCGGGAUAGGCCACUUUGCGCAGCAGCUGGGCGAUUGCGUUCUUUGACAGCGUGGUGCUAACGAACCACCCGCCGCGCAGCAGAAGCAGCGUCGCCGCGGACUCGGCUCCCCAUGCCUUCGUAUCGCGGCGAAACCAUUCUUUCUGUACAUGGGUGUUUAGGGCCUUGUUCGACACGUUCAUGUUUUGGCCCAGAGCUUGCGCUUGCUGGGGCUGUAGCACGAUCUGGCCACCUAGAGGGAGAUUGAUGGGCUGGGGCUGACCUUGCUGCUGGAGGCCGCCAGGGGGGAGGUGGCCAGGCUGCUGUUGCUGGUGCUGCUGCUGCUGCUGGUCCUGCGGGUGCUGCUGCUGCUGCUGCCGCUGCUGCUGCUGCUGCUGCUGCUGCAUCCUGAGCUCCAGGUUGCCGAGUCGGUCGUUUUGCUCUUUUAGCAGUACAGACAUCUGCAGCAGUAGCUGGACAGGGUUGAUGGGGGGAGGUGGGCCUCCCAGCCCGGCUGGCGCGGCUCCGCCCGCGUUCUGGUCUCCUCCUCCUGCUGCCGGAGGCGCGUUGUUGUGUCCCGCCGCCUGUUGGUUUCCCGCCGCCCCUGCUGGCUGGUUUCCCGCUGCUACUGCCUGUCCGCCACCAUGGGGAGCUGCCGCUACUGCUCCUCCUCCGCCGCCGCUGCUCUGCUGUUGGUUAGCUGCGGGCGGUGGUCCACCUGGAGGCGGCAGUGGAGGCGGUGGAGGUUGCGUUGGCUGCGCUGGCUGCGGCUGCUGGGGGGGACCCUGACCCUGCUGCUGCAGGUUGUUGCCGUUGUUCAUCGCUCCGGCGUGUCUAGGACAAACUCGAUCAAAUUCGAUCAGGUCCCAAACGA